AUGGCCACUCUAGACCCAGGUCCUCUGGACUUGCGCUGUUUUUCUCCGGACUCGAGGCCUGCAGAUGUCGCCAGCAUGCUCUAUAAUGGUAUCUCGGAUCGGUCACGGGGCUGGAAGUCGAGCAGGUCAAGGGACUUUGUUGGAGCAGACGCGAGGAUGCAGCGCGGCUUCAGUGUGAAGAGAUGGGACGGCAGCGCCAGGAUCAUGUCUGGCUGGGACAACCUGAGAAAGGACCCGGAACUUUGGUACAAGAACGGUGACUGCUUCGUGCACUUAUACGAGAAGGGCCGGUCACAACGGGGUCCCGCCUUCAAGGUCCCUUUCGCAUGUCUCCUCUCCGCCCAGUGCACGCCUCUGAUCGAAAUGUUUGUGGAUCGAUCGGUAUCAGAGGAAGAAGCUCAUCAAAACGGCCGUGUCGACCUUUAUAUCCCCGCGCCGCCGAUAGCGACUCGCUCCCAGUCACUGCAGUAUCACAUCGCGACCAGGAAUUUCUUCGCCUGGAUUUUUAGGCGAUCAAUGGUUGGAAACCACCUUGGAAACGCACUGGUGGCCCUACUCAGCAGCAUGCAUGAGUUUCGCGACGCGGGUGUUGACAACAAGCAAGAUCUGCUGAGCUACCUUGACGAAGAGGGAUAUCUAGAUACCCGACAUCAGCCCAAUCAUGCCCUUGCCAUCCUGCAUGUGGCUGAGAACUUUGAGUUGAGGGAGCUGUACAUUGAUGCGUUUGCGCAUUGUGUCGGGAUGAGCGAGCAACUGUACAAGAGUCCAGAGUAUUCGCGCAUCAGUGUCGUAUCAAGGAAGCUUAUCCGGGUGGCUAGGGUUGAUCUGGACAAUCGGCUCAGCCGCGCCGGCGCAAUGCUGGGAGAUCUUCUCGAAACCGAACUUUCGGAAGCCCACCUGGGCUUGUCAACUGGAGCCCGAGCCCAUCUUGACCGCUUCAGGAGCUACAUCCAAGGGUUCUAUGCCACCAAGUUCGGUUAUUUUCCACCGCCGUCUGCCCAAGCAGGGCACAGCACGAUAUUCAAACCUGAGGUAUAUCACACUCUCUGCGCAGACUUCGAGGCGCUCUACGAAUACCUUGUCGAUGAAAGGUUCACGGCGCACAGCAAUAGCCCCUCUGGGGCGCAAGGAGGGCUAUGCACGCUUCAGAGUGUGCAGGCAUUCGACUCGAGAAAUAAGUUCCCUCCUCUGGACCAUCCCUUACCACUCUUGCCAGAAACAACAAGAAGCAAAGAAUCCCGCAGAAUUUCGAUGCCCUGGCACCUUGUCACAGCUGCCAGGGCAGGCGACGGCAAGCUGCGCCCCGACCAGCGCCUCAUGGUACACGCUGCACUGAUGAAAGCGACCAAUCACUGCAAAGUACAUCUCAUGGAAAACAGACUGGUCCUGGCGUACCGCCAAUUCGAGGAGAGUUCGGUGCUCACACCGCAUAAAGCUAAUCGGGCAGUCUCCCAGGUUGAUGCCCGCAAGGUGCGGUGGCUGUUCGUCUACGCAAUGCACCAGGUACUCCGAAGCUGUGCAACUGUGCCGCGGGAGGUCAAAUUCACUGACAGGGUGGAUUACCACCUCGCCGUCUCAACAAAAGGAUUGCCGCCGUGGGAGACACGGGAGCAGGGUGUUGCUCCCCCUGCGUUGAGGUCGGCCAGCUACAGCGGAGCCAUCUCCAAAGCCAAUCCCCCACUGGCAUUCGCAGCGCGCGGUCGAUCCAUCAGUGCGAUCCCACUGGCAACCUCAUUCGUCUUGCCCCCCGUGAAGGGUUCCCUGUUGGAGACGAGCAGCACCGAGAUCCAACCUGACAUUGACUACUUCGCGCUGACACACCGUGAUGAAAGUCCGUCCAUCGGGAGAGGAAAACAGGGUGACCCCCACACGCCCUUGGCGCGCUCCGGUUCCAGGACUCGCAGCCUCACGAGAGCCAUGUCUCUCCGACGAUCGCUGAGCAUUUUUCGCAGUCCUCCAAGCCAGCAAACAAAAGUUGUGGAGCACGAGCCAUCGACACCCACUCGACGCCCAUCUAGUCGGAAUUCCGUGUACCAUGAAAUCGUCGUUCAGGGAUACGGAAACGGCACAAACGGCGUCACUAACACCUCAAAAUGCAAAGAAAACUUGGAGGUCUUGCCCGACAUAAAAGAGUCAUCGAGACCGACACCUUCUCUGAAAGUAGUUACAACACCAUCUGAAAAUACAACCACGUGCAGAUCCGCCUCGACAAGCUCAACGAGCAGCUAUGUCUCAGCGCUAUCAUCAGCCUCGACAAGCCACACUAUCAGCAGUGCAUCCACGACACCCACCACCGUGGACGGCAGCCCAAGCUCCACACGUUUCUUUAGACAAAAAUGGGACAGCACCCUCCCGGAUAUAGCAGGAUCCCCCGAGGCCCCACCUACCGUCCUCGCGGACACGAAUAAUCCCCAACCACAACCACAGCCGCAGACGCAGACGCAGCCACAUCAAACAACGCCCUCAAAAUACGACAACCUGACCUUCCCCCUCCGCCGCCACCGCACCCGCAAGUCCGUCCGCGCAAUGUAUUCCAGCGACGACAUGCUCGCGUCCACGCCCAAGGCGGAGCCGCAGCUGCAGGCGCCGCCCCUGCCCCGGCGCAGCAGCAAGCGCUUCCGGAAGCCCUCGUCGUCGAGCGGCGGCGGCGGCGGCGGCGGCGCGGGGCCGUCCAAGCGCUGGAGCCUGGCGGAGGUGGUCUCGUCGCUGCGCGAGAGGAGCUCCGCGGCCGACAGCGAUGCCGAGGGCGAGGAGGGCGAGGAGGCGACGUGGGGGCUCGCGCCGUCGCCCCUGCGCAUCACCAAGGCUAUCAGGCGGCCUGGGACGGCGGCGGCGGGUGGGAACAAGCAGCAGGGGGUUGGUCUUGGUGCAGGUGAUGAUGAUGAUGGUGAUGAUGCGCAGCGGAGGGAUUCCAGCGAUGAGUGGGAGAAGUCUGUGGUGCAUAGCCCGGCGGGCGGGGAUGUUAGCCCGCCUUGGGCGUGGGAUCAGUUUGCUGAUCUCGGGGGGCUGCAGGAUGUCUCGGGGCUGAAGUGA